AUGUCGCUGUACCUGCCGUGGAUGGUCCUGUGGAACUGCUCCAGUUUCCUGAUCAAGAGAGAUAAGCAGACCUACAGCACUGAGCCCAAUAACCUGAAGGCCCGCAACUCCUUCCACUACAACUGGUUGAUUCACCUCAAGACUCUGGGCAUGGAGCCCGUGGCCGAUGCCAAAGGCUUAGUGGUGAUUAUGAAACACAGAUCCAGCCAGCAAAAGCCAGCUACCUCUUAUGUGCGGACCACCAUCAGUAAGAACGCAGGGGCCACACUCAGCAGCAUCAGGCACAGGACUCGCAGAGCCAGUGCCAUCCUGCGCAGCCAGAAGCCUGUGAUGGUGAAGAAGAACCAGACACACCCCACUAAGUGCUCCUGA